AUGGCUGAUCACUUCAGCAACCAUCGUAAUAAUACUGGUGGGAAUUUGGCAUUUUGUAUCGACAUUAUUGGUCAAAAGAUUAGAUCACGAGGAGCAACAGCUUCUCUACCUCCGGGGCCUCGCGGCUUGCCGAUUGUCGGGUACCUCCCAUUUCUCAUGUUCAACGGGAAGAACAUUCCACUUCACCGGCAAUUCACCCACCUCGCGGCCCAAUACGGGCCCAUCUUCAAAAUCCGGGUCGGAAGCCAGCUCCAGGUCGUGGUCAGCUCGCCGUCCCUGGCGAAACAAGUCCUUCGGGACAACGAGUCGAUCUUCUCGAGCCGCGACCUCCCGCUAGCCAUCCGGGUUUGGACCUACGGUGGGCUGGACCUCUCUAGCCUGCCAAUGAGCCAAGACUGGAACUCGAUGCGGAAAGUGGUGCUCAGGGAAGUGCUCAGCAACCCUAGCUUGGACCGGUGUUACGAACUGAGACGGAGCGUGGUGGUGAAGGCACUCAGGGAAUUAGUUAGGAGCGGUGGCAAGCCGGUUGGAGUGUUGGAGUUGGCGAAUAAGAUGGUUGCGAAUGCGACGAUGGCGAUGACGUGGGGAGGAAGGGAUGAUGAUGGUGACGUGGAUAACGAGGAGGCGCGACGAUUGUGUGAAGAGGUGAUGGCGCUAAUGGAGAAGCCCAACGUCUCCGACGUGUUCCCACUUCUUGCGAGGUUUGAUCUUCAAGGGAUUGGGAGGAAAGUGGCGGAGGUGGCUGGACAUUUUGACCGGAUCAUUACCUCCGUGAUUCAGAAACGUUUCGAUGGUAAAGGGUCGUUAAUUAUGGAUGACGGCCGAGAGAUGAAGGAUUUGCUGCAGGUUUUGCUGGAGAAUCGGGAGAGGUCUGGCGCGGGAUCGCCUUUGGCGUCCAUCACCCAAUUCAAAGCCCUUCUUCUGGACAUUACACCGGGCGGGACGGGAAUGGUAGCAACGGUAAUCGAGUGGGCGAUGACGGAGCUACUAAGGUGCGACAAGGCAAUGACCAAAGUCAAGCGGGAGCUAGACGACGUCGUAAGGUUGGAAGGCCUAGUUGAAGAUCACCACCUGAAAAAGCUGGACUACCUGGACGCCGUCGUGAAGGAGACGUUCCGGCUGCACCUGACUGUCAUCCAACGAGAAGCGGUCCAGCCGUGUACCAUCGGCGGGUACGCUAUCCCGAAGAAGGCGAAAGUUAUGAUCAACGCUUGGGCCAUCCACAGGGAUCCACGGCUGUGGGAAGAGCCUUCGGAGUUCCGACCGGAGAGGUUUCUGGACAACGGGAGGCCUCUUGAUUUCGUGGGCAGCAGCAGCGACUUCGUGUACAUCCCCUUCGGGUCGGGUCGGCGGAUGUGCGUCGGGUUUAAUUUGGCUACGAGGCUGCUCAAGUACGUGCUGGCUUCGCUGCUGCAUUCGUUCGACUGGAAGCUGCCGGCCGGCGAAGGAGGGUCGACGGUGGAUGUUUCGGAUGAGUUCACGUUGAUCAUCAAGAAGAAAAAGCCACUGACUAUUGUGCCCACGCCUCGACUCUCUUGUUCGGAUCUGCAUGCAUAA